AUGUACGUUAGAAACUUGACUGAAAAUAAUAAUAAUAACAGUCGUAGUAAUGAAAAUUCUCUCGAUUCAUUUGAUCAUUUAAAUAAUGUUGGUAAUAACAACGCACAACAAUUAUCAAAUCCAUUUAUGGGUAGUGAUGAAGAAAAUUUGGAUUCUGGUUCUUCUUCUUCAUUAGAUUUUAAUAAUACAACAAAUAAUACAAAUAAUUUGGAUAAUAGUCACAUUUCAGAUUAUAAAGGUUAUUAUUCUAAAAAUGCUAGUGCAUUAAAUCAAAAUAAUAAUCAAAAUAAUAAUCAAAAUAAUAAUAGUUCAGCAUAUUUAAUGCCACCAAGAUCUGCAAAUUCUCCUCUACCACAAUCAAACUCACCAAAUUCAAUGGAUCCAAACAAUAAUGAAAUAUUCUCUCCACCAGAAUUCGAUAGAUAUCCACUUCUUGGAUCAAGAGUCUCUUCACAAGCAAAUUUACAAUCUCCUUCUAAUGCUAACUCACCAAAUCCAAUGUCGUACGGCUCUCCAUUAGCUAAUAAUUCAAAUGCUUCUUUCUCCUCAUCAAAUCCUUUCAAUGGCGAACAAGAUUUCUCACCAUUUGGUGGUUAUCCAACCUCAUCUUUCCCAUUAUUGAUCGAAGAGAAAGAAGAUGAUGAUUAUUUACAUAACCCUGAUCCAGAGGAAGAAGCAAGAUUGGAUAGAAGAAGAUUCAUCGAUGAUUUCAAACAUAUGGAUAGAAAAUCUGCAGGUGGUAUCCUUGGUGUAUUCACUUUAAUUGGUGCAGGUAUUGCCAUCUUUGUCAUCUUACCAGCUAUAACGUUCACAGGCGUAAUAGACUAUAGUUCAAAGGGUGAAGUUAUAGAUUUUUUAACACCUUAUCAAUACCCACGUCUGUCAGCUAUUAGAACAAACCUGGUAGAUAGUGAUACACCAUCUAGUGCAAAGACAAGAAAGGCAAAGGAUGGUUCCAAUUGGAAAUUAGUAUUUUCUGAUGAAUUUAAUGCCGAAGGAAGAACUUUUUAUGAGGGUGAUGAUCAAUUUUGGACUGCCCCUGAUAUUCAUUAUGAUGCCACAAAGGAUUUAGAAUGGUAUGACCCAGAUGCCUCUACUACAGUAAAUGGUACUUUACAGUUACGUAUGGACGCAUUUAAAAAUCAUGAUUUAUAUUACAGAUCCGGUAUGCUACAAAGUUGGAACAAGUUAUGUUUUACUCAAGGUAUGUUAGAAAUAUCUGCAAACUUACCAAAUUAUGGUCGUGUGACCGGUUUAUGGCCUGGUUUAUGGACAAUGGGUAACUUAGGUAGACCAGGUUAUUUAGGUACCACUGAAGGUGUAUGGCCUUACUCAUACGAAUCUUGUGAUGCUGGUAUAACACCAAAUCAAAGUUCUCCAGAUGGUAUCUCAUAUUUACCAGGUCAAAAGUUGAAUGCUUGUACUUGUGACGGUGAGGAUCAUCCAAACCCAGGUGUUGGUAGAGGUGCCCCAGAGAUUGAUAUUAUUGAAGGUGAAGUCGAUACUACUUUAAACGUCGGUAUUGCUUCCCAGUCCAUGCAAAUUGCACCAUUCGAUAUUUGGUAUAUGCCCGAUUAUGACUUCAUUGAAGUAUACAAUUUUAGUACAACUAACAUGAAUUCAUAUGCUGGUGGUCCAUUUCAACAAGCUGUCUCUGCUGUCUCUACGUUAAAUACUACUUGGUACGAAUUUGGUCAAGAUGCUGGUUAUUUCCAAAAAUUUGGUAUAGAAUACUUAAAUGAUGACACUGAUGGUUAUUGUCGUUGGUUUGUAGGUGACACUCCAACUUUCACUAUUUAUGCUAAUGCUCUUCAUCCGAGUGGUAACAUCGGUUGGAGGAGAAUAACUAAAGAACCAAUGUCUAUUGUUAUGAACUUAGGUAUCUCUAAUAAUUGGGCUUAUAUCGAUUGGAGAAUGAUUUUCUUCCCGGUCAAAAUGUCCGUUGAUUAUGUGAGAUUAUACCAGCCACAAGAUUCUGUUUCUGUGACUUGUGAUCCCGAGGGAUACCCAACAUACGACUACAUUCAAGAUCAUUUAAAUGUUUAUUCUAACCCUAACCUGACCUCAUGGAAGGCUGCAGGUUACACGUACCCAAAGAAUCAAUUGACAGGUAAUUGUAAAAGUUCAAAUUUCCAAUCCAAGGAACUGUUAUUAUAA